AUGAAGCUGAUAGCUGAUGACGUCGGUGCAACGGAGUCGGCUUCUUUCGAUCAAACACGUCAAUUCAACCCUUCACAACAACCAAUUCAUUCCAAUGAUCCCGAUGCAGAUGUGAAGAAGAAAAUUGUACUUUUCAACCUCCCAGAACUGUUUGGUGAUGAUCAGAUGAAAGAGCAAGCCGAUCGGAAUGCUUUUCAUCAAGUUUUAUAUGCGAUCAACGCGGAAAGUCUGGCCGGAAAUAUUCGCGAGAUCAAACGAGAAGAGACGAUU